GUCUACUUGCACAAUCCUUUAGUCAGUCACUGCUAACAAACACCAUGGCGGCAUGUGCGUGGACCUUCCUUCCUUGUGUCCUAUGUGUUGCCCUAACACUGGGGCUGGCUGACUUACCCUUCAGGAACACCUCACUGCCCUGGAGCGACCGGGUGGAUGAUCUGGUCAGUCGGCUCUCCAUAGAGGAGAUCCAGUACCAGAUGGCGAGGGGUGGAGCAGUUAAUGAUGGUACUCCUCCUAUCCCACGACUGGGUAUCAAACCAUACUCUUGGAACACGGAAUGUCUGAGAGGUGAUGCGUAUGCAGGCAACGCGACAGGAUUUCCCCAGGCUCUUGGUCUUGCUGCUUCAUUUAGCCCUUUGUUGCUGUUCCAAAUAGCGGAGGCAACUGGGAUAGAAGUUAGAGCUAAAUUCAACAACUACAGUGGACAUGGCGUCUAUGGUAAACACAUGGGAGUAAGCUGCUUCAGUCCUGUCAUCAACAUUGUCAGGGAUCCUAGAUGGGGCAGAAUUCAGGAAACAUACGGCGAAGACCCAUUCCUGACCAGUAUUCUAGCAGCCAGCUUCAUCCAAGGACUACAGGGCAACGACACGCGCUAUGUGCGCGCAAACGCCGGAUGUAAACACUUUGCAGCCUAUGACGGACCAGAGAACAUACCUGUUUCUAGGAUGAAGUUCGAUGCCAAGGUAAGCGAGCGUGACCUUCGAACGACCUUCAUCCCAGCAUUCAGAGCCUGUGUAAAGGCUGGAACAUACAGUCUCAUGUGUAGCUAUAACAGCGUAAAUGGCGUGCCAUCGUGUGCUAAUAAACUGCUCCUGAACGACAUUCUGCGAGAGGAGUGGGGUUUCACAGGUUAUGUCGUGAGCGACGGAAGCGCCAUAGAAAACAUUUACAGGGACCACCAUUACGGCGAUAACUACGUGGACGUCGUCGCCGACUGUGUAAACGCUGGAUGCAACUUGGAAUUGUCCGGAAAAGAGGAAAACCUUACAUACUUCUUCAUGGUCGAUGCGAUACAUCAAGGCAAGCUCACAGAGGAAAAGGUCAGACAAAUGGUCAAACCCUUGUUCUAUACCCGAAUGAGGUUGGGUGAGUUUGAUCCCCCGGAAAUGAACCCAUAUUCCAAGCUUGACCUCUCUGUGAUUGAAAGCGAGGCUCACCAAAUGCUUGCAAUCGAUGCAGCUAUGAAGACCUUUGUCUUGCUGAAGAACGAAGGGAAUGUAUUACCACUGAAGAAAGACACUUUCAACAGGAUUGCUAUUGUUGGACCCAUGGCCAAUAAUUCACGUGCUUUGUUUGGGGACUAUGCACCUGAAACAUUUCUCACCUUUAUACAAACUCCUCUGCAAGGACUGGCUAAACUGGCACAGUCUGUCAACUACGCAGAAGGCUGUGACGACACUUUCUGUAAACAUUACGACGCGGUGUCCAUCAAGAAGGCAGUCGCCAUGACAGAAGCUAUAUUUGUGUGUCUUGGAACAGGAUCGGAAGUUGAAUCAGAGAACAACGAUCGCUACGACAUCAACCUCCCUGGAUAUCAACUGCAGCUGCUUCAAGACGUAGCUGCUAACAGAAAUGGGAGCCCCGUAGUUCUCCUAUUGUUUAAUGCUGGUGCUCUAAACGUGACGUGGGCUGAUCAAAGCUCUGACAUCGCCGCGAUCUUGGAAUGUUUCUUCCCCGCACAGGCAACGGGGGAGGCACUAAGGCGUGUGAUGAUUAAUGAAGGUCCAGGUUCUAAUCCCGCUGGUAGAAUGCCUGCUACAUGGCCCGCCUCAGAGGACCAGAUAUUUAAUAUCACCGACUAUUCAAUGGAAGGGAAGACGUAUCGCUACUUCAAGGGAGAUCCUCUGUACCCUUACGGCUACGGGUUGUCCUACACUCAGUUUAGCUACGUCUUUCUGGAGACCCCAAUAACAAUCACAGCAGGACAAGAUCUUCACGGCAUGGUCGGUUUAGGCAACAUGGGGAAUAUUGAUGGAGAUGAGGUUAUACAAGUCUACAUACAGUGGAUUAAUGCCACCCAACCGACUCCCCAGUUACAGCUGGCCUGGUUCGACCGAGUUACGAUCCCUGCCAAUGGGAACGUUAAGGUUAAUUUCACCGUCUCUGCUGAAAGUAUGGCGGUGUGGGUGGACAACAAAGGCUGGGUAGUGGAGGAGGGGGCGAUGAUGCUUCACGUUGGAGGUCAACAGCCGUCCCAGAAGAAGAAAAUAAGUUCCAAUGUUAUCAGCGAUUCCUACAAGAUCGUUGGAUCGAAAUAUUUAGGACGAUAUUAAAAUAAAUUCCGUGCGCAGUACAUUGUAAAGUACUGCGCUAAACAGCUGUUAUAUACUCUCACACACAACAAGAGCUUAAUCUCUCAUGAGAGAUUAAUUUGUGUAAUAUGAAAGGAUCGGGUGGUCCUUUACUUUUUUGAGUAGCAUAGAUAAAAGGGAAACUGUCGUUCAAUAAAGAAAACAAUUUGUUUCAAAA